AUGGAAGACGUAAAAGACGUGUAUUUAACUCCAUUACCCGAAUCGCAGUACGUAAGACCAUUCAGGAUGCAUUAUACCCAAAAUGGGAAAAAGAAAAACUGGGACUUGCUUGAAGUUCAUGAUAGCGUUGCUAUUGUAGUAUUUAACGUAACUCGGAAGGUUAUGAUAUUCGUAAAACAGUUCCGGCCGGCAAUAUAUUACAACAAUAUACAUCCACAAGAUAGACAAUCAGAUGUCAUAGACACAAAGAAGUACCCAGCAUCCCUAGGAGUCGCAUUAGAAAUGUGUGCUGGUAUCAUUGAUAAAAAUAAGAGUGUUGAAGAAAUAGCAAGAGAGGAAGUUUUGGAGGAGUGUGGGUAUAAUGUACCUAUAAACAAGUUGCAAAAAAUCACUUCUUACAGAUCUGGUGUUGGUGUUCAAGGUUCUUUACAGACAUUCUUCUACUGUGAAGUUACAGAUGAAAUGAAGACAGAGCAGGGGGGUGGAGUAGAUGAUGAGAUUAUAGAUGUGGUUGAGAAAACUAUUCCUGAAAUAGAAGCAUUAGUAACAUCACAAGGACCAAUAAAUAGCCCACCAAGUUGCCUCUUUGCACUAAUGUGGUUUCUUCAUUACAAGGCUGAGCAAUACAAAAAGUCCUUUGGCCUCUAUUGCUCAGAUUGUAAACAAUAA